CAUGUGAUGUCACCAGUGUUGUGGUAACGCCAACUGUCAUUGGGGCAUUUGUGCAGUGUCUCGUGUUUCACCUACAGACAUGCUGACUAGACUGAACAGGAUUCUUGGGAGACAGGAUGGAGAGAGAGCACAGGGAGAUAAGAGGAAGGCAGAAGGAAGAUGGCCUUCAGUCUCCAUGUCACACACCAAGUAAUAAAUGGUUCUGGGGAAAGCGCAGGACUGCUAGGAAGGCAUCAUCCACACCCUUCUUCCUCACUGAGCAGGAGCAGCAGCUGAACCAGGUGGAAAAACUGAAACUUCAGCUACAGAUGAUGACCAAUGACAGGAAUGAACUGAGUGAAUUCCUGGCCCAUUACAACAACGAGUUGAACAACAGGCUUAACUGUGAACAUGAGAUGCAGAACACAGAGCAAAAGAAGGAUAUGUCAGAUGUGAAGAAAUUACCCAAAGAGAUUAGUGAGGCCUUGUACAAGUGCACAGAGCUGAGUGAGAAGACCAAAACCUACCGCACCCUUUACAGUCAGCACCUGAGUGAACAGACUCAGCUCAAGGAAAAAGUGAGAAUGUUGCUAGAGGACAAGAAAAAGCUGCAGGGGGAGCAGAUUUUACUACAAGAGUCCUGUGAGGAGGCAAAGAGGCUCUGUGAAGAGGCCCAUGAGAAGAUCUAUGACCUCUGGACAAGGCAGCUGCAGGAACAUCAAAGACUUCAGGAAAAUCUUCAGUCCCUGAUGAAGCAGAAGGAGCUGCUCACCCGGCAAAGGGACUUGGCAGUAAAGCUGCAGCAUCACUUCACUGUGUCCCAGAUGAGGUUUGAAAACCUCCAGCAGGAACUGGAGCAGACCACAGCCCAGGAAGAGAGCCUCCUGCAGAUGGAGCUGCUGGGGCAGAAACACUAUGAUCCAGCACCUCUUCAGAAAACUGAGAAGGCUGGAAGAAGCCAGAGACACCUUGAAGGCAUGACAUUCUACACUCCGGGCUCACGGCCUCCUCAGAAAUUGCCACCUCUUUUCAGCUGUGAACUCACUAGUGAGGCAAAUAUCAACCUACCAUCAGGUGAUCCAGCCACAAUCUGAUCCACAUCUGUGGCUCACUAUUCCCAGAGAAAAGAUUGUAUCAGAAAUAGUCUGAGACUCAGAGAACACAACACAAAUUACUAAGAACCCUGACAUCCAUCAGCACAUGGCCCCAGUGAGGGGCAAAACAACAUGGAAGAGGAAAUGUGGGUGAGCAAGAGUUCUUCUGUCAGCUUUCUAUCAAGGGCUUUGACAAGCUCACUCCAUUGUGAUGUAAAUCUGACAAGGAAGAUGGUGUUAACAUCACACUGCUAUCCAGUCAUGGCAUAAGAUUCUCUCUAGUGCAGUGCUGAAGCUGACGCCAUGUCACGUGCUAGUGUUGCUGAAGAUAACUCACUGCAGAGAAUAAGCCAGUUCCUCACCUCAUUUGCUCUUCCAUAAUAAAAUUCCAAAUGAUCCUGAAAUUUGCUUAAUUUCUUUUGGUUAUAUGUUGGGAUAUUUAUGCUUUGGAUUUUGGUUUUCUUCAUUUUGGUUUAAGGUUUUGUUAACUUUUGUUAUUUCUUUUAUUCUUGUCAUUGUUUUAAUAGUUUGCUAAGGCUAUACAUUGUAUCUAAGGACUGCUGUUUUGAAAGCCCCCAUUGAGUAAAAUGAAUGUAUUUUAUGAAUAAAACGAAAUUUCAGCUUCA